CAGGCUUGCAUUAUCCAGCUAGGCACACGCUGGUACAGAAAUAAAAUUUUCCCAACCAGAAACAUACAUAAAGCAUCACCACUGGCCCUCCUCAUACGGAUCCGGACUAUCGAGGUGAUACACUUCGUCGUACUCGUCCAGCCAUUCUCCGUACUAUCUUCCCAUGUAGUACUCGUACUCGUCUGUCCAUUCGUCGUACUUGCUCUGCCGUUUCGCUGGCGCUGGCGUUUUACCCUUGCCUUUGCGAGUGCCACUGCCAGAGUCGCCUAAUGGCUGCACCACAUCGACUCGCUGGAUUCCCACCACACUCGCGGCGCAGUGCUGCGCAGGGCCGGUCUGGCCAGGUGUUCUUGGGUGCUUAUUGGUGCCGCCACUCGACCGUCGCUGCUGCGAGGGCUCAGCCACCUUCGUCGCGCCUAUUUGAGACCAAUUGUGACGCAAAGCCUCAUAUAUCCCUUUUCUCUUGCCACCGGCGACGCUGUCGACAAUUUCUAUCGGGUCCAAGACGCGCUAGUCACGGAGCUUGGUCGUGUAAGAACGCGCCAUCAUCCCAGUCCGACCCCUUUAGAUCCAAGACUUCAACGCUCGUAGCUCAAAUCAGAAGGUAGCCUCAGAGCGGCAGAGAGCAAGCGUCG